AUGUCAUUUUUAAUAAAAUUAAUAAAAAUGAACCAAGAUAGGGUGUUGUAACAAGAAACAAAAAAAAAAACUAAAAGAUUUGAUAAAUUUAAUUAUCCUAUUCUCAAAGGAGUUUCAGCUAAAGCUGUUACAUUUAGAGAUUAAAUUGAAGGUAUACCAAUAUAAGACAUUUAUAUUGUUGAACGAUUAUAAUAUUAAGAAUAGAAGAAAAAAUGUUCUUGUUCCUGUGCUAUUCAAUGA